GAUAUGGAGUUUGUUUUAGGAGGGGGCGUGUGUGAGAGUGUGCGUGUAUGUAAUCAGGUGUGUACGUUCUCACUGCUGGUCACAUUUGCUGUGUAAGAGGUUGGUCACACACUCUCUCAGAAUGUCCAUGCUCCUGUUGUGUGUGUUGAUUCUCCUUGCUUCAGGGUCGGAGGGAUCUGCGUACAGAAAGCCCUUGUGUAGUGACCUGGUGGAGAUCAUGGCAUGUCCCAUGAACAUGGCACCAGUGUGUGGCACAGACGGUAACACCUAUGCCAACGAGUGUGCCCUGUGUGUGCAGAGACUGAAAACCAAAACAAAUAUUUUAAUUAAAAAAGAUGACAGUUGCUGAUUUCUGUCUGGGAGGUGUCAGCCCCAGGAUCCUAACAACCAAACGUUACAAUAAAGUACCUUAA